AUGGAUACGCGAAUUCCUUUCCGGUCUAUGACCUCCGGGGAAGUAACCAAGAAGCGAAAGAAGCCCACUCAGCGUGACAGACGGAAGGCAGAAGCCUACUGUGGCCGCAAAGGAGUAGAAGGCCAAUCACUAAUAGAUGCUGAGCUCGACGCGAUUUUACAUCCUUUUCCAUUAACAUCACUUACAGAAAUUGCGAAACAUCAAAACGUUUGCACUAUAGAUGCAAAAUUACAAGUCCGUCACCAACACGAUUUUAUCGAAUUGACUGGACGCGAAGAUGAUGAACUUGAGAGCAUUAUUUUAGCUGCAUUUGCCGAAGCUUCAGAACUGUUCGGAUUUAAAGAACUGACGCGCAUUGUCAGACCAGAAAGCGAAGAAGCUAUAGAUAUCGAACGAUCGCUAGUUGUCGCAGAAGUGCAAAGCGACAAGGUUAUCCCCGUGUGCAGUGGUCAAUUUUCCAACAGUAUUGAAACCACUAAAAAGUUUUCAUCAGCCAAGAGACCAAAGGGCACAUCAUGUUUCGAACAGAUGGAGGCUAAACUUGCUGGCUUUCCUGAGAUAGAGAUGCAGCCAUGCACUAAGAUCAAAGGGUCCGUUGCCUCAUUGGAACUGUCUGACGUUAGAUUCGUUACCAGACGUCCAACAGUGAAAUGUCCUUGUUUCUCCUUGCUGUACAACCUACAACCUAUAGUAUUGUCUGAUAUCCUAAAUGAAUAUCAAGUGCUCUGA